ACUUCAGUAUCAGUUUUUGAGAUCACCACUCAGAAAACAUGCCUGAAACCGUGAAAGCGCCCAAGAAGGGCUCAAAGAAAGCCGUCUCUAAAGCCACCAAGACCGGAAAGAAGAGGAGAAAGUCCAGGAAGGAGAGCUACGCCAUCUACGUCUACAAAGUCCUGAAGCAGGUCCACCCCGACACCGGUAUCUCCUCCAAGGCUAUGGGCAUCAUGAACUCGUUCGUGAGCGACAUCUUUGAGCGCAUCGCCGGGGAGUCCUCCCGUCUGGCUCAAUACAACAAGCGCUCCACCAUCACCUCCAGGGAGAUCCAGACCGCUGUCCGCCUGCUGCUGCCCGGUGAGCUGGCUAAACACGCCGUGUCUGAGGGCACCAAGGCUGUGACCAAGUACACCAGCUCCAAGUAAAUCCGCUGAUACUCAGCAACAAAACGGUCCUAUUAAGGACCACCCAACUUCUCAUCUAUGAGCUGGAUUCUUGAUUGUGUUAUUAUACCCCAUAAUUAAUCAUAUUAAGUUAACAUAUCUACGCUGUACGACUCACUAUAUCUCACCAUUCACACUACGUUACAGCGAGUCGUGAAACCUCACUAAAAACAUUUUGCAUCAGUAUUGUGAAAUUCAACAUCACCAGUCGUGAUCAUUCUAAUACCUGCAUUUAAAUAA